UAUAAUGCUUCAUCGGAUUGGCCAAGGAGAGCCAGAGGGUGAUCAUAGAGGAGAAGGCUGCAGCCAGGGCCCUCCAGGACCAGGGGCGGCCAGGGGGAGAACAACCCCGACCAGGAGGCAACCCAGCCUGGGGUAGAAGGAGAGCAGCCUCCCCUGACAACCAGCCAACCUGGAGGAGGAGAGCUGCCCAAACAGCCCAGUAUCAAACUCAACAGAGUCAUCUUUAAUUAGAGACCUGUUACGACAGCUUCCUCCUGCACACUACAGGACACUACGCUUCCUCACUGCAACACCUACAUAGGGUGACGAGCAGGCAGAGGAGAACAAGAUGACAGCCAGUAAUCUGGGCAUUAUCUUUGGCCCUACGCUGGUAAAACCCCGACAGACUGACGCAGAGGUCUCCCUGUCUUCUCUGGUCGACUACCCCUACCAGGCUCUGAUGGUGGAGCUGCUGGUACGUCACUUCCAGGUGAUCUUUGACUUAUCCAGCCCCUCCUCCUCCUACCCCCCACACCACCUCCACCACGGUGGGCCAGACCUCCUCCUCCUAUCCCCCACCACCACCUCCACGGUGGGCCAGACCUCCUCCUCCUCCUACCCCCCCACCACGACCUCCACGGUGGGCCAGACCUCCUCCUCCUCCUAUCCCCCACCACCACCUCCACGGUGGGCCAGACCCUCCUCCUCCUCCUACCCCCCACCACCACCUCCACGGUGGGCCAGACCUCCUCCUACCCCCCACCACCACCUCCACGGUGGGCCAGACCUCCCCCCGACUCACCCCUCAGGAGAAGGAGCAGAGACUCAGCCUCCAAUCCACCUCCCUGCUCGCAUCAAGGAGAGUGCCAAAGUCUACAAGAGGCACUCGUCAGUCAUCCAGUCCUCUCAAACCCUGGAUGACGUGAGAGAGGUGAAGACAGACGGGACAGGACCAGACAGGAGAGAGUUAACAGCCGGCUCCUCCUCCUCUGCUGCUGGCUCUGCUUCGGUCCAGAGAUCUACCCUGGUGUUUGGCCGUCCCAGCCUCAACCUCUCCUCCUUUACCUCCUCCUCUACGGCCCCGAAGGUCCAGCUCCGGCCCCAGCGCGCUAGAAUCCUGUCUCGACCAAUCAGCAUGCCCCUGGAGCGCUUGCCCCUCCCCACCCCCUCACAGGUGGUCGACAGAAACAGCCGUAACAACAACGCGGCCGCCAUGUUGGAUCCCGCCGCUAACACCAUCGCGGAGUCAGCCGAGCCGGAGAAGCAGAAGGAGACGGAGAAGCCUCGGAUUGGUGGGGGGUCGAGGGUCAGUACCUAUUACAUCGACACCCAGCAGGCCGUGCAGCGGAGGCCCUGGGACAGGAAGUACAAACACUACGACGUCACGCCACGCACCGCCAUGAUCAUGGCUAACUUACCGCCGGCCGGUACUAGCCCUGGCCCAAAACCGGGGAAACAGCCGACGAUGCCGACACAACUGUCCGUAUCKGGGCCAACCAGCUCUGCUCUCCCAUCCAGUAGUAGUUUCAGCACUAUAUUCCCCAACAACCCAUACACAGUGUCGUUGAAGGCUGGCCAGAUGUCCAGAAGAGACAGAGAGGAGACUAAGGACAGGCCUAACUCUGCUGCUGGAGGUGAUGGGGAGACAAGAACAUCUACCAACUCCCCCAUAAAGUUCAGACAACCAAGGAUUCUGCAGCCUCCACCCGGAACCUUCUACAAGCCUUCUGGUUAUUCAGGCACCAGAGGCUGGCCAUCAUUAAGUACCUCUGGGACCACUAGCCUCACCAAAAUGUCYCCAACUUCUUCUACUGUUAAAACCUCUUCUCCUACUGUUAAAACCUCUUCCCCAACUUCUUCUACUGUUAAAACCUCUUCUCCUACUGUUAAAACCUCUUCCCCGACUUCUCCUACUGUUAAAACCUCUUUCCCAACUUCUCCUACUGUUAAAACCUCUUCCCCAACUUCUCCUACUGUUAAAACCUCUUCCCCAACUUCUCCUACUGUUAAAACCUCUUCUCCUACUGUUAAAACCUCUUCCCCGACUUCUUCUACUGUUAAAACCUCUUCCCCGACUUCUUCUACUGUUAAAACCUCUUCCCCGACCACUACUACUGUUAAAACCUCUUCCCCAACUUCUUCUACUGUUAAAACCUCUUCCCCGACUUUUCCUACUGUUAAAACCUCUUCUUCUACUGUUAAAACCUUCCCAACCUACCCUACUGUUACUGCUCCUCUCCUCUCUUCCUCCCAUUCCUCCAGCAUUACUUUCUCCUCUUCUCCUAUGGUUACCACCACCAGCCCAUCCCCUACUACCACCUACACCCUUCAAACCUCAAACCUCCCCACACACACCCUACAGGACUCUGUGGACAGCUCUGUUAGUGUUGACCCUGAGGUCACGACCCCCGCAGACCUUUCCCCCCGCCAGUCCCCUCCCCCCAGCAGCCCAGAGGACCCCAGCCUCGCCAGCGAGGUCAUCCCGCUGCAACAAAGACUGAGACCCCGGCCCAGACCCGGCGCUCGCCUGCAGGAGUUAGAACACAGAGAGGCCCACUUUGUCUGAAACCUUAAAGGUAGACUUCGGUAGUCUUGAUAUCAUCACACACACAGACAGGGCCACUUCCUGCUUACAAAAAACAACAACAUUGGCCAAGAUUACUGGUGUGUCUUUAAGAAUAGGGAGGGCAUCACUUGGGAAGAACCAAUGGUGGAAGUAUUGGGAGAUAUUUGGGAGAUUGUUGUUGUUGAUGUCUGUAAGCAGGAAGGAACAUCAACAACAAGACUGCUAUGAGGAUUUCUUCCUUAUGUGGGCGUAGCUCAAGGGAUAGAGCCAAUUGCGAAGAACCAAUCAUGGAACUGUUUGUGAUAUUUUUGGGAGAAUGUUGCUGUUGAUGUCUGUAAGCAGGAAGUUGUCCCCACUGUGUAUGGUGAUGUCAUAUUGCUGUCUACCUUUGAAGCCAGAAAUCUUUUGUGUGUGUGUACAGUGUGUGUGUGUGUGUACAGUGUGUGUGUACAGUGUGUACAGUGUGUGUGUGUCUGUGUGUGUGUGUGUGUGUGUGUGUGUGUCUUUAAAUACGUUCUACAGUGUAUUUCUGUACCAUAUUGUAUAUUGGGAAAAAGUACUAUUAUAUUGACGCCAAGACAAGAUGUGUGAAAGGAACACAGUGAAAGUGUUACAUUACACGUGUUUAAUAUAUUCUAUGUUACAGUCCUUACAGACAGAAGCAUGAUCUGUGAACGGUCGCUCUCUAGACAUUCGGGAACAAGCAUUUAGACUGUCAUUCAAUCUAUUGCAGAUACGGGAUUUCCAGAUAGCAAAUUGACAAAUUUUUAUAUCAAAAGUGAAUUUUCAUGUGUAACGGUCCAUUUCUGUGUGUACGUGUCAGCUCCCUCCAUUGUAUUUGCUGCUAUGCAAAUAAAAUGACCUUCUCAAAUCGCUCUCUAGAAACCCACUAUCUGCAAUUAGUUGAAUCCUGUGUAAGUUAGUGUGUGAUGUCCUGGUCAAUACUGCCUGUUACAUCUGAUGUCCUGGUCAAUACUGCCUGUUACAUCUGAUGUCCU